AUGGAAAAAGAAUUAGAAAACAUAAAAUGGGAUAUAGUGGGAGUCGGUGAAGUCAGAAGGCGAGGUGAAGGUCUUGAGACCCUAAAAUCUGGUCACUUAUUUUACUACCACGGAGAACAACAUGAGUCAGUGGAAGGUGUUGGGUUCUUCAUAAACAAAGAAAUAGUGAGAAAUCUCAGAAUGGUACAGCCAGUUUCCACUAGAGUAGUAUAUGCCAUUCUUAGAAUAAACAACAGGUAUGAUGUAAAAGUUAUUCAAGUCUAUGCCCCAACAACGGAUCAUACAGACGAGGAAGUCGAAAUUCUUUAUGAUGAUUUGGGUGCAGCUCUCUCAAACAAUCCUUCACAUUUCACCAUUGUAUGCGGCGAUUUUAAUGCCAAAAUAGGAACAAAUAUGGAUCCAUCAGAAACGGCUCUUGGUAAUUUUGGCAGUCCAGGGCGAAAUGAUCGUGGCAACACUCUUUUAAAUUUUCUGUUGGAGAAAAACCUUUUUCUUAUGAACAGCUUCUACUACAAGAAACUCCAACGCAGAUGGACCUGGAAGAGUCCAGACGGAAGGACAAAGAAUGAGAUCGACUACUUUAUAACUGACAAAAGACAUAUAUUCAAGGAUGUAACAGUCCUGAAUAGAUUUGCAAAAUCAAGCGACCACCGAAUGGUAAGAGCCACUAUCGUACUGAACACUAGCUAUGAACGACACGGAAUGAUCAAAAAAAACCGAACGAAGACAUGGACACGCCCAGGAGAUGAACGGAAAUUCGAGGAACAUCUCAGCAAAAUACUCCAAGAUAAACCCUUAUCCAAUGAUAUUAACGUCUUGAAUGAUGCAAUAGUGGAAGCAAUAACAGUCGCCCAAAAGAAAUGUUGCCCAACAAGACCGAAGGAAGAAAAAAUCAGCCUGGAAACGCACCACAAAAUGGAACGGAGAAGAACACUGAAGAGUGAGAGAAACGCUAACCAGGAUGAAAUAAAUAGACUGAACAAGGAAGUAGCAAAGGCAAUCAGGAAAGACUUAAGAAAGUACAAAGAAGAGAAAAUCGUUGAAACUAUCGAGGAGAAUAAAAGCAUGAAGGUAAUGAGACGCAAACUAGCAAGUGGGAAGAGAGGAAUUGUGAAACGCAAGGACAAGGAUGGAAAUAUCACGUCGAACAGAGAACAUUUGCUACAAAUUGUGGAAUCAUUUUAUGGCAUUUUAUACAAAUGCACUACAAACCACUCUAAAUCCAGAGGAAUACCUGAGGAGAAGGGUUCAAAAUCAGGGCUCUGA